GAUGCCUAUCUGAAGAAGGACUCUGGAAGUGGUCCGACGCAGCGCAGCGGUCGUUUUCCCGAGCCACGGGGUUGGGUCAGCAGGAGGGAUGCACCGGCGCUAAAGAGGCCGCGCGGGUACUCGGUCGGCCGGCGCCUAAUGCGGUGAUCAAAUAUUCCGAAAACACGCACGAGGCGGGGUCGCGCCUCGUGUAUCGCGUUAGGCGCCGGGAGCGUCGAGCAGGGCUACCGCGGGCACUGCCCUGUAUGACGACGGGGAAAGAGGAGGGGGAGGAGAGGGUCAUGCCGAGGCGGCGGAGACGCCGUUGAUGGGACUGGUUGGUGUUGUUUGCGCGCUUCUCAAGUUCCUUGCUUUAUACCAUCACCAUUGCCGCCCGACCCUAGCAUGAAAGCGCCCCUCUGAUAGCCCCCAUCGCCGCUCAUCGAGACCGCCGUCCCCCUCAAGAUGCCGCCCGCAGCGAAGCAGAAGCGCGCCGCCGCAGACCGCGCCAAGGGCGCCUCGCGCGCGAAGAGCGGCUGCUAUACGUGUCGCAUCCGCCGGAAGAAAUGCGACGAGGAGCUCGACCCCGACGGCGCGUGCAAGACCUGCUCGCGCCUCCGCCUCCAAUGCCUCGGUUUUGGCACUAAGCGCCCAGACUAUCUCCGCGAUAACGACAAAGUGAACGAGAUGCGGGACAAGAUCAAGCUCCAUCUCGCCACGAACGGCAUGAUCAAGGGCCAUGCUGGUGCCAGCAGCCGCGCCAUGGACGAUCGCCCCGUCUGCAUGCUCCACGAAUCCCCCAACUCGGAAUUCACCCCUUCCCCCGAGAGCUCGCCCCAAUCACCUGCAUACUCCCUCAACGACGACGACGGCUUCUCCGGCGGCGAGUAUACGCUCGGUCUGCACCGCCACGCGCUAUCGAGCGUCCGCGACGACAAGUAUCCCAUGCCCAACCUUACCCAACGACAAUCAUCCACAUCCGCCCCGCCUACCUCUUCCUUCGACGAUCCGCCAACAAGCUCUUCGGCGCUUAUGGCGCCCUCACCUGCUCCUGUAGAAUUGCCACAACCCUUCGGGCCAGACGCACUACCACAAUAUGUGAGCACCUUUGGCCAAUUGUACAACAUAAACUUCUCCACGUGGGGAGAAGACUCGUACCUCACCGAUCCUACCACCUUUGGGGAACUUGGCCUCUCGUAUAUGCCACAGAUGACCAUUCCAACCCCGUUUGGCUUCGGCAACGACGAGUUCAUUCACAAGUACUGCAGCCGGCUGGCCAAAGCGCAGUUCCUUCUCGCGGACCAGUCAAAGUUCGCAGACAUUCUCUUCAGCCCGAUGCAGUGUUCCGAGCUACUCAAAAAGGCCGCCAGGCUACUGUCAAUGGUCGACGACAGUCGGACACGGGACCCGACACGACGUGCGCUCUCGCUCACGGACGUCAAGCUGCACCACGAUGCGCUGUGGCGAGAAGCAAGCGAGAACAAUGGCGGGGAGGUUAUGCUCUGGAAUCAAAAGACACCGGAGGAGAUUGCUACAGCUGCCAUGAUCACCGUCUCCGCUUACCUGUUCGACGGUGGCCGUGGUCGCUGGAAGCCGUGGCUCACCGUUCUGUGCAAGUGGGCCCACGACGCCUUGUACUCGGAUUUGCAGACCCCGCCGGCACUGGCGCUCAUCAAAUGCACAGAGCGUGGGCGUUUCCUCAUCAAGACCGCAAUGUGGUUCGACGUGCUGGCAUCGGUGACAACGCAAAAGUCGCCCAUAUUCUUCGACACGUUCCGCGAGCUGUUCGGCCCUACGGAGAGCGGCAUCAGCGAGCUCGACAUGCAGGAGCCGCACACGGACUCGCGCCUCUCCAUGCUCGAGCUCAUGGGCUGCGAGAACAGCGUCGUGUGGGCGCUGUCGGAGACGACCUGCCUCGCCGAGUGGAAGACCAAGGCGGAGCGCGCGGGCCAGCUCUCCACCAAGGACCUCGUCGCGCGCGCCACCGCCAUCGAGACCGUGCUCGCGCAGCCGCGCCCCGCGCCGCCCUUCGGUCUCACCUUCGACCCCGCCGCGCACGACCGCCAGCUCACGGCGGACAUCUUCCACGCCGCGGCGCGCCUGUACCUGCACACCGUCCUCCACGGCGCGCACCCGCGCGUCCCGGACAUCCAGCACGCGGUGCGCGCGACGCUCGACGCGCUCCGCCGCGUGCACGACGUCGCGGCGGGCCCGAAUAUCGUGCGCAACACCGUGUUCGCGGCGUUCAUCGCGGGCGCGUUGGCGGAUGGGGACGCGGCGCGGGCGGAGGUGCGCGGUGUACUGGAGUUGGGGGUCGGCGGGACGGGCAACUGCCGCCCGAUUAAGGAUCUGCUGCAGACGAUAUGGACGGAGCGUGCGGCGGCGUCGCCGUCUAAUCCUGUACCGUGGAGGGAGCGCCUCGCGGAGGAGAGGAUGCUUCUGGUGUGAGGGGAGGCGGCGCUCUAGUGCGCGGGUCCGGCCCUCGGGAAGCUUUGCUCUGGAGAGGGGAAGCUGAUUGCCGACGGAAAGGUAGCGGCGGACCCUGUCGCUUUUUGGAAGUAUACCUCGGGCGCUGGCAGGACCCGUAAACUGAAGCUUUGUUUGGAUGCUGAACCAAGAGCGAAGCUACGGUUGUGAAUACCGAAGCGACGGCUGUGAAUACCGUAGCAACGGCUGUAAAUACCGAAGCGAUGGCUGUAAAUACCACCUACUUACAUGCGUACUGUGUCCUGGAUUUCGUAUCUGUUUUCUGUCUGCUGUUUGUUAUCUUGUUUGUUGUAGUAGUCAUACAUAAUCUGCUCACGAUGGUAUAUAAGUAGUAUUUGAACGUGCUUUGCUUGUUGGGCUCGCUGUA